AAAAAUCGCGCGACUUCCGCCGUGAGUGUCAAAUAUGGCCGCGUCUAGACUGGAGAUAAAUUUCAUCCGAUUAUUAUCCCGCUGUGAGUCUCUGGCUUCAGAGAAAAGAGGUGAGACAGAAUGGAGGCUAGAGAAGUAUGUUGGAGCUCUGGAAGAGAUGUUCGUGGCCCUUAAAAAGAGUUCCAGCAAACCAACAGCGGAAAUAUUAACGGACUACAACCGCAAAGUGGACUUCCUCAAAGGCCUUUUAGAGGCCGAAAAAAUGCCGUCUCCAACAGAGAAGUCUUUAGCCAAUCAGUUUCUGGCUCCUGGACGAACGCCUACGAUAUCCAGCGAGAGAACGCCAGCGAGUAAGAUGGUGCACAUACAGAGUAAAGCGCGCUGUACGGAAGAGAUGAGAAAAGACUUGAUGAGCACAGGGCCGUCAAACUCUGGUUCGUUGGAGACGGAUCUCAGACACAGAAAGAGUAUUCCUGUAGACGAUCAGCAGUCGGCACCAGAACUGGACGCAAUUCUCCAACACCACAAUAAUUUGCAGGAAAAACUGGCUGAAGACAUGCUAAACCUCGCUCGCAACCUGAAGAACAACACGCUAGCAGCCCAGAACAUCAUUAAACAAGACAACCAGACCCUCAGUCAGAGCAUGCGUCAGGCCGACGUCAACUUUGAUAAGCUGAAAACGGAGUCCGAGCGCCUGGAACAGCAUGCCAAGAAAUCCGUCAACUGGUUCCUGUGGCUGAUGCUUAUAGUCGUUUCGUUCACGUUCAUCAGCAUGAUUCUAUUCAUAAGACUCUUCCCGAGACUUCGAUGAUGCUGUGUAUCAUUGGAAAAGACUAGAUUUAAUUGAUCUAUAACAGCAGGUUUACAUGUAUAGAUGCUAGACAAGAGGUGUAGUAAACAUUGCUGGGCUGAUUGACCCUGUCAAUAUUGGUUAAGAGUCAUUCUGAUGAAGUUGACAUCGUUACAUGCAUGCCAUUGUGAUGUCAUAAAGGUGUGAUGCAUUGUGAUGCUUUACACUUCCUGAAAUCUCAGUUCAUAUCUGCCCCCGUGUUCAAUCCUCGAGACGUUUGAUAAUCACUAAAGGAAUAUUCUGGGUUCAAGACCCAAAAGUUGAGCUCAGUCAACAGCAUUUGUGUCAAAAAUACUUUUCGAAUAGUCCCUCCUUUUUUUCAAAAAUCAAAAAAAGCACAGAUCUGUUACAGUGAUGCACUUUGGUGACAAUCUGUAAACGUUGAAAUACUCACUUUUUCAAAGGUGUAGCCACAAGACGCAAACAACAUCUGUCUUAUCAUUUUAGCGUGAUAAAAUUGCUUGCUAACAUUUUCUGUGUAAAGUUAGAGCCAAAUGUACAACUUUAUUGCCAUGACGACGUAAACUUUUAAUCCCACAAAAGCGAUGGUUUAAAAAAUGUUUACAGCUCAAAUAAUGCAAAAGUUUUAACAGAAGAAUUAAUUUAUAAAACUGUAAUUCUGUAUGCUUCUAUUAAACUAUAAACUUCACAUUUCUGUCUUUAAAUCCUCAGAAAAGGAAGGAUCCUUUCUGUAAUUGUAAAUAGCCUAUCAUUGUAAAAUACAUUUAUUUUAUUUAUUUAAAGAAAUGAGAAAUUAAUCGAUUAAUCGUUUCUUUUGGAAAUCCACAAAUGCUGUCGAUUGAGCCUAACUUAUAUUGAACCCGCAAUAUUCCUUUAAUGUUAUAAUUAAAUCCCGAAACUGAAUGUUGGUUAUUAUGAACUGUAAGUAUUGGGUUGCUUUAAACGAAUCAUUAGUUCAUUUAUGAUUAUAUUUACAGCUACUUUAUUGAGACAGCAAUCACUAACUGACUUUGUUUAUUGCGAAAUGUGUUUGUAAAGAUGCGAAUAGUAAUACUAUCCAACAUUUGUUGAUAAUAUUACAGAAGAUUCUCUUUGAUGUAAUAUUUUAUUGACUCUUGAUGUCUGGACAAUAAAAACGACUGACGGCUUCAUAACAAGUGUGUUCACAAUGAAGUGAUAUGGAAGUUAAUUGCCAAGCAAUAAUU